UGUGAUAUUCAAUUCUAAGUGCCUGCCAUAAAACCAGCGAAGCAAACAGGUCUUUCAAGUGGAUGAAAAAGAGACAGACACAGACUACCUUAUAUCAUUAUCAUUGAUACUUGAUAGUACCCUGUUUUUUUUAAGCGGAUAUGUUAUUUAUCUCGUGAAAAUCAUGGGUUCAAUCAAUUAACUGGUGUUGCAUUACAUUCAAUAUUUAUUUUAACAAUGGCUAGGAAAGCACUCGCAAUCUUUGUGGCAUGUCUUGCGAUUAUCGUAGGUUCUCUUUGGUAUAACGCUUACCUUCCAUUAUCUUCCAAAAUCCAUGGUCCAUCCUCGAAGUUUCUACCAUUCGUACUUGAAAGUGCUAAGUUGAUCAGUUCCUUUGCUUACAAGCUGGGUUUGGGUGCUUCUCGCAUUGAGAAUUUUCGAGCUUUGCUGGCUUGGGCUAGUUUGAUAGAUUUUAGAGGUGAGCAUUGGAAACAAGGUGUUCGGAUACAAGAUACAAGAAUUGCUGGUGUUCCUGUAAAGAUAUUCAGACCUGUAACCCAGAAAGAUGGUACACCACCAGCACUGAUUCAUUUUCAUGGAGGAGGUUUGGUAUAUGCAAGUCCAAAUUACAAAACGUUCAUGGCACAAUGUAUUUUGCUGGCCAACGAAACCAAAUCUGUUGUAAUAUCUGUUGAUUACAGGCUUGCACCUGAGCACACAUUCCCAACACAAUUUAACGAUGGUUUUGCUGUUGUGUCUGCCGUCAUGGGUGAACCAAUGAAGUAUCAAGUUGAUGGUAAAAGAAUUGCUCUUAUAGGUGAUAGUGCAGGAGGUUUGCAAUCCGCAACCAUAUCACUUGAACUUGCAAAACAAGCAAAGCUGGUGAACAAGCUUGCAGCACAAGUCCUGAUUUAUCCCUGGGUGCAAAACAUUGAUGUCAACUGCUUGCCAUCCUACAAAGCGUAUUCUGAAGGUUUUGCUUUGUCUGCAAGUAGCAUGGCUUUGUAUGCAUCUGCUGUUACUAUGGGCAACCGUGACAUGGUACCAGAAUAUCUGUCAGGCAACGUCUCAAAAUACUUCAUGCAAACACCAUAUUGGAAGUACAUAGCUGACCUUGCAACAUGUGAAGUACCAAGUGAAAACUUAGUAAUCAACCUUCCAUCAAGUUUUGUUGAAAAAGUCACUGACCACCGAUUCUCUCCUCUUCUGGCUGAGGAUUUGAGUGGUUCACCGCCAACUCAUAUAACCAUAGCCGAAUAUGAUGUCCUUGCAAGUGAAGGCAUGCUGUUUGCAAAGCGACUUCAAAAGGCUGGGGUACCAGUGGUCCAAAAACAAUACAAGACCUACCAUGCAUUCAUACAAAAUAUUGAACUAAUAUUUGGAAAUGACACCCUUGCAAGAAUAGCUAUGAAUGACAUUGUCAACUUUCUAAACUCUGUGUUUCAUAAAAACAAUGUCUAGGUCAUGUGAUUCUAUUUCAAAUUUGCUUGUAGAAUGAUUUGUGUUUAUUCAAAGGUCUGUAAUGUACUUUGUAUCUUUUCCCAGGUAAUUUAUACUAAAUUGUAAUUACUUUUACUAGAAACCUCAACUUUGACCUUCAAUCUAGUUUUCCAUAAAUCUACUAAUCAUUAUUUUAAAACCUAAACUUUCAUUGUGCAUUUGUAACUGAGGGUACUAGCAUUA